AUGAAGGCGUUUGUGCCGAGAACGGCGGCCUUCACAUGGUCGCCACAGAAUUUGCAAGAUGCAAACCCGAUGAUUGUUACGGGCACCGUUGCCGGUGCGCUCGACGAAAGCUUUAGCAGCGACAGUGUGCUGGAGAUCUGGCGUCUUCCCUGGGACGGUGCGCAUGAACAAGGUGCAGAGGAUGCGCCCAGUGUGCUUGCGUCCACCACUGCGAGUACGCGGUUCAACCGCCUUGCGUGGGGCUGCGUCAACCAGGCCAAGCCGCGCGGCCUCAUCGCCGCUGGCUUGGAGAAUGGCGAGCUGGCCAUUUGGGACACGCAAAAGCUUUUGGAAGGCGCCGAGGAUGCGAUUGUGACGCAGAAUGCGAUCCACAAAGGACCUGUGCGUGGGCUUGCGUUCAACCGCCUCCACGACAAGCUCCUUGCGAGCGGCGCGGUAAACGGCGAGAUCUACAUUUGGGACAUGGACCGUCCCAACAAGCCGUUUACUCCUGGUGCACGCUCGCAGCGCAUUGAAGAGAUUACCAGUCUUGGCUGGAACUCGCAGGUAUCCCAUGUUCUUGCCACUGCAUCAUCGAACGGGUACACAAGCGUGUGGGAUCUCCGUCACAAGCGCGAAGUCGUUGCAUUGACGUGCAAUAGUGUAGGCAACGGCGCUUCGCGCAGCGGGAUGAGUGCUGUUGCAUGGCAUCCUUCUGCCGCGACGCGACUUGCUACUGCGAGCGAAGACGACGGCAACCCUGUGAUUAUGCUCUGGGAUCUGCGCAACUCGCGAGCCCCAGAAAAGGUGAUGUCUGGCCACGAGCAAGGCAUCCUGGGCCUUUCAUGGUGUGCGCAGGACGAGGAUCUGCUACUCUCGUGCGGAAAGGACAAUCGCACGGUGUGCUGGGACCCCCAUGGUGGGGAGCUUGUCGGCGAGAUGCCGCCGUCGAGCAACUGGGCGUUUGACGUGCAGUGGUGCUUAAGCAACCCUAACGUCUUGGCUACGGCUAGCUUUGACGGGCGCAUUGCCAUUAACUCGCUCCAAUGCACCAACGAGGGUGACGACAACGCCGCGCUCCAGGCGCAGAUGGCGAGUGCCAAUGCCGAAGACGUAUUCAAUACGCUUGGCGAUGCCUCCAUGGUGCCAGCUGGCGGCAUGUCGCUUUCUAAGCCCCCCAAGUGGUUGCGGCGCCCAACCAGCGCCGCGUUUGGCUUUGGCGGCCAACUUGUGACGCUUGGCAAAGGCGCCACAGUGCACAUCCACGAAGUGAUCACCGAGCCCAACAUUGUCGAGCGUGCACAGCGCCUCAACGAUGCGAUGGACAACAACACGCUCGUCGAAUUUUGUGCGGAGCAGUCGCAGAACCCAUCGACGCGUGCUGACGACGUUGCAAACUGGAAAGCGCUCCAGACGCUCUUCCACGCCGGUUCCAGGGACGAGCUUGUGGAGCUGCUUGGCUACAGCAAGGCAGGCAUUACAGACAAGGUGACCGAAGCCGUCGGUGCGCUUGGUCUUGCCGAGCUAGACGAUGGGAGGGAGCAAGAGGCGCAAGUAACCAAGGCCCCCGAGGACAGCCUGUUUCCCAGCGACCAAGAUGCGGCGGAUCCUUUUAGCCAAGUGUCGCCCAUGGAAGCUGCUGCACUCAAGCCAGCACCGUGCGAUGCGCCAUUUACAAUCCACCCUGCCGGCGAGCAGGAUCCCGACCACUUGGUAACCAAGGCGCUCAUUCUCGGCGACUUUGAGCACGCCGUUUCCUUGCUGAUCGCCAAGGAUCGCUUUGCAGACGCAUUGGUCCUUGCGACACGCGCCGGUGACGGCCUGCUUGUCAAAACGCAGCGUGCUUUUUUUAAGCGCAACGCAGACAAGCUGCCCUAUUUGCGCAUUCUGCGCAGCAUCGUGAUGGAGGAUCUCGACGAUAUUGUCGCGAAUGCCGACUUGAAGGAAUGGCAGGAAAUUUUUGUCAUUUUGUGCACCUUUGCACAGCCUGGCGACUUUAACACGCUCGCCGAGCGCCUCGGCCAGCGCCUCGAGGACAAGUACUUGCAGUCGGCUUCGCAAGGCGCACCUUCGGAUACUGCACGUGAGUUCCGCAAGAAUGCCGUACUUUGCUACCUUGCCGCUGGCCGUCUGGAAAAGGUGACCUCGAUGUGGAUCGACGAGAUGAAGGAGGAGGAGCACUCGAUUCGCGCACAAGAGUCUGGCGCAAACGACGAGUCGCGCUACUCUGCGCACGCCGAGGCGCUGCAGACGUUUAUUGAAAAGGUCGCUGUGUUCCAAACUGCCGUGCAGUACACAGACGUGGAUUUGCAGCCGCCAGCAGAUGGCCAGCCACGCAUGUUUGCACUUGCGCCGCUGUACGAGUGCAUUCUCGAAUAUGUCGAUGUGCUUUCUGAGCAAGGCCUUGUGGCUAUCGCACAGCGCUUCGUUGCGCUCACGCCACCAGACUUUGUGCCGAGUAAGCGCGACGGGCAGGCUGCAGAGGCAGCGGAGUGGGCACAGGAUCGACUUUUGCGAGCAUCGCAAGCAACCGGGGGGGUAUAUGAACAGGGGUACGAUGGAUACAGUGCACAGAGGUACGACCAGAGUGGGUACGGCCAGGGUGAGUACGAAGGACAGGGUGCGAUGGCCGCCGCGGCCGCAGCGCCGACUGUGCCUCAAGUGCCUCAAUUUCCCCAAGUGCCUCAAUUUCCCCAAGUGCCCCAAGUGCCUCAAGUGCCUCAAGUGCCUCAAGUGCCUCAAGUCCCCCAAGUACCUCAAGUCCCCCAAGUCCCCCAAGUCCCUCAAGUCCCUCAAGUCCCUCAAGUCCCUCAAUUCCCUCAAUUUCCCCACGUCCCCCAAGUGCCGACUGCACCCAACCCCAUGCCUAUGGACCCAACGCCGUCGCCUUAUGCACCGAUUCCAAGUGCAUACGCGCCUCAGGACAUGUACAAUGCUCCAAGCGCCUACGGCCCUACCUCUAUGGCCCCACCCUCGGCCGCCAUUCAAGCGCCGCCCAUGGGCAGCGCUCCUUCGCAGGCAAUGCCCCCCCCUCCCAAACGCGACCGAGGCGGCUGGAACGACGUGCCGCUCGCACGCGAGCCGCCGAAGCGAGGACCUAGUGCCGUUGGCCAACACGCGCCGAUCACUUCGCCGUUCCCCAACCAGCCGGUGGCGCAUGGCGCACAGCCCAUGGCCUCUGCGCCGCCCAUGGCCGCAGCACCGCCGCCUGGACCUCCACGUGGACCUCCGCAAGGCCCACCGAUGCGUGGCAGAACGCCAGCGCCCAUGCCAGCGCCCGCGCCCGCGCCCUCGAUGCCGCCACCUUCGUCACGCACCGGCCUUGGCAUGGGCCAUCCUACCGCACCGAGCAUGCGCCCACCGCCGCAGCCCGCUGACAACUACGGCCCUAGCGUAGCCGAGGCGGCGCAGCGCGCCCAAACACCCAGCGCCGGCAUGCGCGGCGCUCCAUCGCAAGCGCGUCUUCCCCAAGGCCCGCCGAUGCGCUCGCAAUCCCGCGGCCCUGGCUCUGUCCCACCGCGUCCUCCCGGCAACAUGCCGCCGCCCUCGCCGCACAUCCCCCCCGGCACUCCGCGUAGCAAUGCGCGCGCGCUAGGCACUAUGCCCCCAACGCCGCGCGCUGCAACGCCCGCGGGCGGUGGCUUUGGCGCUCCACCCACGCCGAAAUCGGCGCAAAAGCCUGGUUUCCAGUACCCCCGCGGCGACCGCUCGCACAUUCCGCCUGAUCUUGCACCCGUGGCGUCGAUACUGCAGCGUGAGAUUGCGCGUCUGCACAAUAUCAACGCACAACCCAAGCGGAUUUUGGACGAUGCAGACCGCCGCGCGCAGCUGCUGCUGGACCUGAUGAACAAUGCGCUUGUCGAUCCCAAGGUCGUUCCAUCGCUGCUUGAGCUUGCACAGGCGAUUGAUGCGCGGGACCAGCAAGCGGCGCUUGCGCUGCACGUCCAUCUCGCCACGAUGGCCUCCGGCGACCUUGCCACGGCCCUCGUUGGCGUCAAAUUUAUCGUAGCCAAGCUCGCGACAUAG